AUGGAGUUGCAGCCGUCACUGCUCAGGGUGCCGGUUGAGAGCAUGCGGAUCAAUUUGAAGACCAUGCAGUCUACGGUUGAGAAGAGUUUGAUUGUGUUGGCAGACGCGCAGGCCUCGCAAGCCAUUGACGACGAGACUCUGCUUGCGGAGCUGGAGAAAAUCAAGGCCCAGGCAGCGCACCUGGCAGACGUCCAGCAGGAGCUAGCUGGCCGAGCACUUGCCCGACAGCAGUUUCUGCAAGAGCUGGAAUCGUGCGCGGUGAACCGUGCCACAGAUCUGCAGAGCUACAGCGCGGCAAUUGACCGGUCGCUGGAUGUGGCGAUCGUAGACCACUUCACCAGCCAGGGAUACGUCGAAACAGCGGCCAGAUACGCCAAAGCAAAGGACAUCGAGCAGCUUGCCGACCUCGAUCUGCUGUCGGAGCUGGGCAGCAUCAUCAAAGAGAUGAAUCAACACGUGCCAACUAGGGCCCUGCAGUGGUGUGCUCGAAACCGAGCCUUUCUUCGAAAACGGGCCAGCACUAUCGAGCCCCGCUUGAGAACGUACGAGGUGCUCAAGUUGAUCAAAGCCGGCGACGUGCACGCGGCCAUUGCCUACUCGCGGAAACACAUGACGAAAUUCGCUUCGCCAUACGGGGAGGAAAUGGCUCUGAUCGGAUCCACGCUGGGUGGUGUGCAGGAGCAGUACUACAACCUGUCUUCAUUGUGGGAGACCCUGUCGCUAGAUUUUGUCGCAGAGUUCAUGGCGUUCCAUGGCCGGUCCUCCCACUUCAAUCUGUUUUCCAAAGUAUCCGCCGGACUAGCUGCGUUGAGAACGCGGUCGUGCGGACCCUACGAUCUAACCAAGCUCACGCUCGCCCAGGCGGCCAAGACUGAGUCGUGUCCCGUUUGUUCUCACGAGUUUCGCGAAUUGGCCUCCCACGUGCCCUUUGCCAACCACGCCCACAGCAUCCUGCCCACAGACCCCGUGCUGCUGGACGGUACGAACCGGAUAUACUCGGAAAAGGAUCUGGAAGACUACUCCAAGGAAGCAGGGUCCUGGCCGGAUCUCACUGAUCCAGUCACCAAAUCUGUGCACUACCCUAUGGAUACUAUUCCUGUAUAUCCCUGCUAG